UGGGGCUGGGGCUGGGCGCAGUGCUCCGCGGCGGCGGAGCCGAGCGGACGCCCCUCGGGGCCGCGCUGCAGCUUCCGCGCCCCUCCCUAUCAUGCCCCGGGCCCGGGCUGGGGCCGCCCAAGCAGCCAGGACACCAUGCCCGAGGGCGACGGCGGGGAGGUGCCCGCGCUUAUCCCGGACGGCGAGCCGCUGCGGGAGGAGCAGCGGCCCCUGAAGCAGUCCCUGGGAAGCUCCCUGUGCCGAGAGUCGCACUGGAAGUGCCUGCUCCUCACACUCCUCAUCCAUGCCUGUGGUGCAGUGGUGGCCUGGUGUCGCCUCGCCACUGUGCCGCGGCUGGUCCUGGGGCCUGAGGCAGCCCUGGCUCGUGGGGCAGGGGGCCCGCCACCCACCUACCCGGCCAGCCCCUGCUCCGAUGGCUACCUGUACAUCCCACUGGCCUUUGUCUCCCUCCUCUACCUCCUCUACCUGGCCGAAUGCUGGCACUGCCACGUGCGGUCAUGCCAGGCGCCUCGCACCGAUGCCAACACCGUGCUUGCCCUGAUCCGCCGCCUGCAGCAGGCGCCGCCCUGUGUCUGGUGGAAGGCCACCAGCUACCACUACGUGCGCCGCACGCGCCAGAUCACCCGCUACCGCAAUGGCGAUGCCUACACCACCACGCAGGUCUACCACGAGCGGGCUGACAGCCGCACAGCCAGGGGUGAAUUUGACUACUCAGCCCACGGUGUCCGCGAUGUCUCCAAGGAGCUGGUGGGCCUGGCUGACCACGCAGCCACGCGGCUGCGCUUCACUAAGUGCUUCAGCUUCGGCAGCGCCGAGGCCGAGGCCUCGUACCUCACGCAGCGAGCCCGGUUCUUCAGUGCCAACGAGGGCCUGGACGACUACCUAGAGGCCCGCGAGGGGAUGCACCUGAAGGACGUGGACUUCCGUGAGUCUCUCAUGGUCUUCGCCGACCCCCGCAGCCCACCCUGGUACGCCCGUGCCUGGGUCUUCUGGCUCGUGUCGGCAGCCACACUGUCCUGGCCCCUGCGGGUCGUGGCGGCCUGUGGCACCGCCCAUGUCCACUACCAAGUGGAGAAGCUCUUUGGCGCCAGCUCACCUCCUCCAGGGGCCAUGCCCAGCGGGCCGCCACUGUCCCGAGUGGCCACGGUGGACUUCACCGAGCUGGAGUGGCACAUCUGCUCCAACCGGCAGCUGGUGCCCAGCUACUCGGAGGCUGUGGUCAUGGGCGCCGGCUCAGGUGCCUACCUUCGGGGCUGCCAGCGCUGCCGCCGCUCCGUCAGCAGCAACUCGCUGCCCCCUGCCCAGCCCAGUGGUCCCCGCCUGCCCUUCAGUCGAAGCCGCCUCUCACUAGGCGCCGGGGGCCGGGCUACCCCAGGGGUUUUCCGCAGCCUGAGUGGGGGGCCGUUGGGGCGCCGCAGAGAGGACACGGAACCCUUGGAAAGUCCGCCGUGCUACGAGGAUGCCCUUUAUUUCCCGGUGCUCAUUGUCCAUGGGGACAGUGGCUGUCGGGGAGACGGGCAAGGUGCACUCUGAGACCCCAUGUGACCCUGGUGUGUCUGCCUCCUCACUAGCCAGCCACAGUGGGCUUGGAUACCUGAUACUUGUCCAAACCAGGAGGGCAAAGAGACCAGCCACACAGGGGUCGGGGGGCGUGGGGGGUCCUUCAACUAAAAUGCAGUGACCUGUGGUCAUUCUUGGGGGAGGGUGCCUCCUGAGUUGAGCCUGUGAUCCAUCCCUAGCAUGGCUCCCCCGCCUCCCACCCCAUGGGAGGAUCCCACCUCAUGGUGGAUGAGCUGCUGGGGAGCCUCCCACACUGGGCAGGGGAGGAAGCUUCCAGAAAGGCUGGGAUCGGGAGGAGCCCUGGGGACAGCUGUUACCCACAGCAAAGGGUUGCCUAUGGGGUUCCUCCCCGCCAUAGCCGAGGCCACACUGGGGACCCUCAAGCAACCCAGAAGCACAAUUGGGCAGUUUGGGGCCGUGCCCAGUAGGGAGGUCUCCUGAAGUUGAAAAGCUGGCAGUGAUGGCCCCGCUACGUGCCUAGAGUUCCCAUAGUCCCCUGCUAGUCCCUUCCUGCCUGUCCCCUCACCUCUGCUCAGGCAUAAUCCCUGAUGUGACCCUGUGGUGUGGCUCCUUUCCCCGGGAGCCUGGUUCUUGGAACACAGCUUUUUCCCUGGUACAACUGCACCUGCCCCCACAUGCAGCUCCCCUUAGGACCAGGGGUCCCAGUCAGGACCCCACCGCGAUCCCACAUUCCCUGGUCUCCACUGCUGCCUCCCACUUCUGUGUUCACCUCUGUCAGCCACAUGCAUACACACACACACACACACACACACACACACACACACACACACACACCCUGUCUUCAAUGCUUCUGCAGGCUUCUCUGCUCUUCACCCUCCUGAUGCUCUGCAGGAUGCAGGGCCACAGGGCAUCCGAGGGGCCCUGGCCUGGCCACAGCCUCUUGGACGAUGCCCUUGCCUUGCUCUGGAAGCCCCUGCUUCUCCCACCACGGUGGAGCCUGGCCCAGGGGACAUCAUCCCUCCCCCAGGGAGGAGAGAGGAGUCCCUUCCCUUCCAAAUGGGGCUGCCACCCCUCUCAGGGGCUGGCAGGGGAUAGGUGGGGAGAGAAGACAGAGCAAGUACAGAGUGAAUAAAGAUAUGAACUGAAAGCA